CCUUGCCUCAAAUAAGACUUUGAGCACAAAUGACGCGAGUCCUGAUAAUAAUACUGAGUGAUGCGGCGAGACUAAAUCAAGUGUAAUCGCCCGAAUUUCUUCAUCAUUUCUUCUCUAACAUUGGCAUCACUGUCUUCCUCUUCUUAACAACCAAGAGCCUGGAAAGAGACGCAUUGCACAAGAAAAGCUUGUAGACACGGCAGAAUUACACAUUAAAGAAGCUAUCCGCAGAAACUAGGCGAUUUUACUUCCACUUUUGCUCAAUUUGACUGCUCAAUACUACCGCGAGACUUGGGGCUGGAUUCUGCCAGCUGGGGAGUUGGCUGCUGCAACGAAGAUGAGUGACGACGAGGAUGUCCCGCCUCCUCCAUCGCACUGCAAAGUAAUACUUGCAGGUACUCUGAGCAAGAAGCUCCAAGGCGAAGUUAAAGCCGGUGUAGAGAAGCUACAGAAAGUGCCAACACUAGUGGGCUUCCUCUCAAGCUCGGAUCCCGCCGCCAGAGUUUACGCUGAGUGGACCGGAAAAACGGCUGAAGAACAUGGUUUCAAAUUUGAAUUGCGUGAGGUUGAUCGAGAGGAGUUAGAAGAUGCCUUGCUUCACGCGAACACAGACCCGAAAGUCGAUGGAAUUAUCGUGUACUACCCCAUCUUCGGCAACAGACAAGAUCAAUACUUACAACAGGUCGUUGAUAUGUCCAAGGAUGUUGAAGGUCUCUCACAUAAUUAUCUCUUCAACAUGUAUCAGAAUGUGAGGUACCUGGACGCCAACCACUCAAUCAAAAGCGUUCUCCCUUGCACUCCACUUGCUAUCAUCAAAAUUCUUGAGCACCUACAAAUCUACAACACAAUUCUCCCUUACGGAAAUCGAUUGCAUGGUCACACGAUUACGGUAAUUAAUCGUUCGGAGGUAGUCGGACGCCCACUUGCUGCGCUCCUCGCCAAUGACGGUGCGCGAGUGUAUUCGGUCGACAUCAACGAUGUUCAGGAAUUUUCGCGUGGAGAGGGAAUCCGUAAAAAGAGGCAUGAAGUUACGGAAAAACCCGGUUGGAAGCUUGAAGACUGUCUUCCUCUCAGUGAUGUUGUCAUUAGCGGUGUACCCGGGGAGAAGUUCAAGGUGCCCGUCAAGUUGAUCAGAGACGGGGCCGUAUGCAUAAAUUUUUCCAGUGAGAAGAACUUUCCAAUCGAGGUUAAGGAGAAGGCUUCAAUUUAUAUUCCAGCGAUUGGCAAGAUGACUAUAAUGGUCCUUUUACGAAAUCUUUUGAGGAUUAUCAAUAACCGACAAGAACUCGAACGAAAAGAGGCGGAGAUUCGCCAGAAAACUGUCAACUAGCAAUCAGGUACACAAUUAUAGCAAGCUUUGAAUGAGCGGCCCAAGUCUCGAUUACCUUCCUUCGUCAAUAUCAAGUAGUAGGCAUGAAGAGUCCGAAUCUCCUAGAUUUUAAUUCUCUGCGAUUGGUAUAGAGAGGUAGAUGCCAGAAAAUCGAAUACCUUUAGACAUGUCCGUCCUCACGGAAAGUAAAGCGACAAGACAAACUAGCUUCGCAAUCGUUCAAUUUCUUUACUUAUCAACCGAGGUGUUUAUGUAUUGCUAUGAAUGACUCCAACUAUCUUAUGUCUUAUGCUACAGAAGCACCACAAGUAGAG